GGUUAACACUGGCGACCACGAAGGGACCCUCUCACGUUUAACAGAGCAGCAGUGGUGAGUAAAGAAAGAAACGGCGAGAUAAGCCGGGACAAUUAGCCACGUUAAUUGUUGACUGCACCUGGCCAAGAAGCUAAGCUAAAAAUGGCAGCCGCUAGUCGUUGCUCUGCCGCCGAGGACAUUUUUAAUAAUGUAACCAGCCACUCUAACCCUUUCAUGACGCUGACUGCAGUAAAUGAAAGUCAAGGAGAAAUAAAAAAGGACUAUAUAAAUAUAAAAAAUUAUAAAUAUGCAUGUUAUAACCCCUUCUGCUGUGAAGAAGAGCCAGUUGAAAUGAGGCAGAGAGUGACUGAAACUCCCCAUGAGCCAACACAGCCCAGGUUAUCGGGCACAAACCCCUUUCUUGGUGCUAAUAUGGACAGUUACUGCCUUCAAGACAACGUGGCAGACAUACAAAGCCCAGAACCAUGUUUCCGAGUGCAUAACCACCAGACUCCUGCCCUGCCGCACAACCUAGCUGCCACCGUUGCAACACCCCAUACAAACCCCUUUUCCCCUGCUCACCUGGGAAGUUUCAUCCAGAGCACGCCUGCCAACUAUUAUUCCUCAUACUCCGUCUGCCCAGGGCCAACCACCCAUUGCUGUGACCUCAUAAAAGACAAUAAUUAUGGACAAAUAGCAGGACGAUGUCCUAGCCAGACUGUACCGUUAAAGGACAUAUCCAGCAAGUGUGAGAAGGCCAGAACACAUAUACGUCAGCCUCACCGUGAACGCUACCAGCUUUCGUCUGAGAGUGAGGAAGACUACGACAUCAGGGAAAGAGUACCCACUCUACGUCCCGGUCAGUAUGAUGGCACCACCCCAUGGAAAGAGUUCCUGCACCGGUUCGAGAGCUGCGCCAAAGCUAAUUACUGGUCAAAAGAGACUAUGGCUGUCCAGUUGAAGUUCUGUCUGGUGGGCGCUGCAGGGGCAAUCGUCCACAGAAAUCCUCGGUCUUCACAGUGGGACUACAGUCGUCUGGUGGAGGAGAUGGAGACUGCAUACGGCCCUUCGUCAGAGCAUGCAGCUGCGGUAGCUAUUGAACUGAGACAGCGCGUCCGCAGAUUGGGUGAGGCCCUCCAUAUGUUGAGAGACAACAUAUAUGGAAAAGUGUCAGUAGCCUACAGUGACAGGACAGAGACUGAGCAGGACGCCAUAGGCGUUGAAGUUUUCACCAAUGCUGUAGGAGAUGCAGAAAUUGUACAGAAACUGCUAGAACAACGACCACACACACUGGCCCAAGCCUAUGACAUCGCCCGCCGCCAUGAGACCACCAAGCGGGCAGCAUCAUAUGUCACUAACCUCAUGCAGUCAGGUUCACGCAGCAUGGCUGAACGGAGGCCCCGUGCUGCUGUAAUCAGGGAGGGAGCUGUGACAGGGAGAGCCGAGGCGGGUUCAGCAUCGCCAGCAGCCAACUGGAAACUUGAGUCUCCCAGCUUCAGCCAUCCACCACAUAAAUGGAAGGGCCAAAAAGACAAAAGUGAGGAGAUUCGCUGCCACAAUUGCUCAGGGCUGGGUCACAUGAAGAGAAAUUGCCCCUCACCAAGGAGAACCUUCAGAGCUCAAGCUUCAACAACCCUUCCCGGAAGCCCUGAGCCUGCUGUGCUUCAUCUUAAAGCCCAAGGUCAAGAGAUGAGCAUUAACAUGUUUGUGUAUGAACUGGAAGUGUGUGCUGUUUUGGAUAGUGGGGCACGGAGAAGUGUGAUGCCUCUGUGCCAUUAUAACGCCAUUCAUCCAGAUGUCCGGCCUUCACUGCAGCCAUCGGAGGUAGAGACUUUGCUGGGUGUCGGGCCUGGUGACGUCCCUGUGCUUGGUGAGGCUCACAUUCCUGUACACAUAAACAACCGGCAGGUGAGCGUACAUUUCCUGGUUGCUGACAUAGCUGGUGAUGAGGCUCUCUUAGGCCAUCCAUUCCUGAUUCAAGCUCAAGCACGCCUUGAUUUUGGGAACCACCGCAUUGUGCUGUUUGGAGAGGAAGUGCCCUAUUUCUACUCUCGAAACAAACCAAAGACGCAUGCAGUGAGAGUGGCUCGGACUGUGGUGCUGGAGGCUGGACAAGAAUACCUGGUACGAGGAAAUGUUCAAUACAGGGAACCUGUUAAAGGGGAAGUGGUAUUGAACCCCACCAAAGGCUUCGUAGAGAAACACAAAGUACUUGUUGCCCGCAUCCUGGUGGAAGCUCAGCCCCUUAAACCUGUUCCCCUCCGCCUUUUCAAUCCUGGAAACACAGCCGUAACCAUUAAAGAGGGGGCCAUUGCUGGUUUUCUCCAGCCUGCUAAAGCCCUAGCACCCACAAAGACCAUAAUUCAGCCUGAACAGACAUCCAGCAGCUCUUGCACUGUUCCCCAGCACUUACAGGAGCUUUACACCCAGAGUUCCAUUGAACUUAACAGAGAACAACAGCUCCAACUAGCACAGUUACUGUGCACUUAUGACACUGUAUUCUCCACCGGUCCGGAUGACCUCGGACGCACCAGCUUGGUACAGCAUGACAUCAUGACCCGGCCAGGCAUUCCAGUCAAGCAGCCACCACGCCGGAUGGCGUGUGAGAAACAACAGAGUGCUGACCACCAGAUACAGCAGAGCUUGAGAGCAGGACUGGCACGCCAGAGCCACAGCAGCUGGGCAUCGCCUAUAGUGAUGGUACGUAAAAAGGACGGUACAUACCGCCUCUGUAUAGAUUAUAGAGCCUUGAAUGACUGUACCAUUAAAGACGCGUACCCGCUGCCUCGCAUCCAGGACACCCUGGAUACCCUCUCCAGUGCCAAAUGGUUCAGCACACUAGACCUCGCCUCUGGCUACUGGCAGGUUGAACUGACCCCCAGAGCACGAAAAGCAGCGGCCUUCUGCAGCAGAAAUGGACUGUUUGAGUGGAAUGUUAUGCCGUUUGGACUGUGCAAUGCUCCGGCAACAUUCCAGCGAUUGAUGGACCGCGUCUUGGCUGGCAUGCAAUGGGAGACGUGCCUAGUCUAUUUGGAUGACAUCAUUGUGCUGGGCCGGGAUGUUCCCGAGAUGCUGGAGCGGCUGGGCCAGGUUUUCCACCGUCUUCACCAGGCCAACCUGAAACUAAAGCCUGCCAAGUGCUUUCUCUUCCGCCGCCAGGUAGCCUAUCUGGGGCACAUUGUCUCGGAGGAUGGUGUGGCCACUGACCCCAGCAAGGUCCAGAAGGUGCAGGAGUGGCACACUCCAUCAUCAAUCCAGGAGGUCCGCCGAUUCAUUGGCCUUGCAUCAUAUUAUCGACGGUUUGUGAAAGACUUUGCCUCCAUAGCUGAGCCCCUCCACAACCUGACAAAGAAACACGCCCGGUUUCAGUGGUCUGAGGAAUGCCAGGAGGCGUUCGACAAACUCAAGCAUCUGUUAACCACUGCACCAGUCUUGGGGUUCCCACUUGACCAGGGCAACAUGAUAUUGGACACUGACGCAAGCGAUGUUGGCAUCGGUGCCGUCCUCUCCCAAGUUCAGCAGGGCAGGGAGCGUGUGCUGGCCUAUGGGAGCCGCAAACUGUCCAAGACUGAACAGCACUAUUGCACCACAUGGCGAGAACUGCUAGCCGUGGUGGAGUUCACAUCACAUUUCCGGCAAUAUCUCCUGGGGCGGCCCUUUAUUGUCCGCACCGACCACAGUAGCCUUCGGUGGCUAACAAAAAUGAAGGAGCCUGAAGGACAGCUCGCUAGGUGGUUUGAGAGACUCGGUGAGUACAAUUUUGAGAUCAUCCAUCGCCCUGGUCAUUUGCACACCAACGCAGACAGCCUCUCCAGAAGACCCUGCCGCCAGUCAUGUCCCUGUAAUCUGUCCAACCCCUCCCCUCAGCCAGUGAACGUCAGUCAUCAAGCUGUGCAGUGUGAAUUGGACUCUGACAUCAACCAGGUGAUGCUGAGUCCAGUGGGGGUAGACGGGCAACCAGGUUCCACAGCAGUGAGUCUAGUGGGGGUGAAUGAAACUCUCUCUGUUGACACAGACAACUUAAAGCCCCCUACAAGAAUCUAUCUGACAAGGACAAAUAACACUGAACUGUAUGGCGGCUGGUCCUUGGAGGAGCUACGACAGGCCCAGGAAGCUGAUCCAGAUAUUGCACCUAUCAAGGCAUGGAUGGAGGCCAGCAAAGAGCGACCCCCAUGGGUAACAGUCUCACCACAUAGCCCAGCCACAAAGACCUUUUGGAGCCAAUGGAAGAGGCUCUACAUCCGUGAUGGAAUACUGGUUAGGCGGUUCUACUGCCUGAACGACACCGAGUUCUACCCACAAGUGGUGUUGCCUCGUGUUCUCCGGCCCGAUGUCAUGAGACAGAUGCAUGAGGGGCAGGUUGGUGGGCAUUUCGGUGUGGAGCGCACAGUAGCCCGCCUGCAGACCCGAUACUUCUGGUACCGGAUGAGGGAAGAUGUUGCGGUUUGGUGUGGCACCUGUACCAGCUGUGCAUCCAAAGCUAGGCCACUUAAGACACCACAAGCCCCCAUGGGUACUGUUAGAGUGGGAGCCCCAAUGGAGCGGGUUGCCUUGGAUAUCAUGGGGCCACUGAACAAGACAGAGCGUAACAACCGGUAUGUGCUGGUGAUACAGGACUAUUUUACCAAAUGGGUGGAUGCUUUUCCCCUACCCAAUGACAAGGCUGUAACCGUGGCUGAAGUGCUUGCCUCAGAGUGGGUGUGUCGUUAUGGAGCACCACAGACAUUGCAUAGUGACCAAGGCCGAAACUUUGAGUCUGAAGUGUUCCAGAAAAUGUGCACAUUGUUUGGUAUUGAGAAAACACACACCACACCAUUCCGACCUCAGUCGGAUGGCCAAGUUGAAAGAUUCAAUGCCACCCUGCAAAAGAUUCUGGCCACAACAGCUGAGCGUUGCCACUGGGAUUGGGACCUCAUGAUCCCUUAUGCUGUCAUGGCCUACAGAGCAACAAAGCACAGUGCUACUGGUUUCUCUCCUAAUUUUAUGAUGUUCGGCCGGGAAGUGAGCGAACCAGUGGAUCUGGUGGCCGGCCUACCUCCGGACCUUGACACCGCCCCGUCAACCCCAGAGUAUGUCAAGCACCUCAGAGAAAGACUGGAACUGGCACACCAAAUCACCAGAGAUGCACUGGGUGAAUCUGUGGAACGUGCAAAGAGGCAAUAUGACAAGAAUUGUUACCGUACAUAGUACAAGAUCGGUGAUGCUGUGUGGUACCUCAUAAAAGGCACCCGGAAAAUACAGAACAAGGUCAGGAAGUUUCUGCCAUCAUAUGAAGGACCCUACUUUGUCCUGGGGCAGUUGGACGAUCUGGUGUAUCGUAUCCAGAAAGGCCCAAGAGCUAAAGUUAAAGUGGUUCAUCAUGAUCAGCUGAAGCUUUAUCGCAGCCGCGACCCACUGGACAACGCUUGGGCCCUGGAGCAGGCUCGGAGCUGGAGACCAGAGGAGGUAUUACCCCCAGCCUUGGACGAAGAUCCUGUUGACCCUGUUCUGGGUCUGUCCCAGCUGUUCUCCACCGCAGAGGCUGAGGAAGCUUCCAGCUGCACCUCAUCAGAUCCAGCUGCGGACAGUUCACUCCCAUCUGCUUCUCCUCACCUGGACCCUGUUUCUGCUCGGGGCCCUGAGGAUAGUGGGGGUGGCCUGGGUGAACAACAUCAUCCGAUCCAUCGUUCUCAAAGGACGAGCCGCCAGCGGAGACCACCAGCCAUGUAUGGCGAGUGGGUGGUUCAAUGAAUGCAAGAAUUGUUGGACAGUUUUCAUUUUAAGUUGUGCCUUUAAGUUAAAUGAGGACAGCUGUUUGUUACUGUUUAAGCUAAGUUGAGUUAAAAGUUGAAGAAAAAAAAAAUGUGAGAAGUAAUGCUUUAAUUGCCUUAUCCACUGUGCUAAAAACCAAGAAACAAAAGGGUAUUUGUGCUACUGCUGUUGGUUAAGAGUAAUUUGUUGAGUAUACAGAGAAGUUAAGUUGUUAAUUUAACUUAUCGCUAGUUCAAGAGUUUGUAAUAACUCGUAGCCUGAUAUGUUUAAUGGGUGUUAUUCAUACCUUUUCAGGAUUUAUUUCCCUCUACUGUAGUAUAUGCACGUUAAUCAAGUGGACUGCUAUAUGGUUGCAUUUACGCUGUGAAGCUACACUUUUUGCUAAUGCCCUACUUGCACUGGACUGCUGAAUCCUCAUAAAAAAAUGGACUGUAAACAAAUGAGGACUUUAUAUACAUGUGAGCUGAUGUGUGUCCUGGUGCUGGAGUGGAAUUCUGUUAAAAUUUCCAUCCAGAGUGGGGGUAGUGUUAUAAGAGUAGCGUGGCCCCUUUAAGGGAUAGAGCUGUGUGCAUGUGCAGCCGUAACGUGUGAGUGGUAGAGCGAGAGAGAGAGAGCGCGGAGGUUUUGGAGCGAGUGCCUUGGUGAAAGACAACAGCAAGAGCGUUAACAGUGAAUGUACAGUUUGUUGGCAAAUAAAGGCUGUCACAGUUAAAGGA